AUGGGGAACUCGGAUCUUAUGGACUUCCAUGUUCCCUCUGAGCAAGCCAGAGUUGUUGGGUGCUGGGUUGCUCCGGAAGAAUGGACUUUAAAUGAAGAGAACCCUACUGAUGAGACUGGUGAUGAUUUGUUUGGUUCAAAUUCCGACUGGUGCGUGGAGAGUCCGCUCAAAGAGUCUGGUUCGAUGAAUCUCGUGCUCGGGGCACAGCCAUGUGGCUAUAUGUCUCAGUCAUUCGAGUAG